GUCCUGCCGAGUGUAUCACGCACUAUUGCUUCUAACACGAUUUAAGCACAGAGCAUCGGUGACGCGCGAUGAGCAGUCUUGUUGGAUCACAGGCGGCAAGUCAACAAGAGAAGAAAAGAACACCAAAAUGCGCUCGUUGCAGAAACCAUGGCUUUGACUCCAUUUUAAAAGGCCACAAAGGCUUCUGUCGUUGGAGAGACUGUCUUUGCCCAAAGUGCAUGUUGAUAGCUGAACGACAGCGAGUGCUAGCAGCUCAGGUUGCCUUGCGGAGACAGCAAAUGCAAGAAUUUCGUGAUCCCUUACCGCCAGGAGACUUAUUCACUGCUCUUGCAAGACAAGAAGGAGGCAACGAGGAAUAUUGCACUACAAGUCCAGUAGAUAAUAGUCAAGAAAACGAAAGUAGUGAAAUAACCGUGUCCAGUCAAGAUCUUGAAGUGAAACGAGAGACGCAGUCACCCGUUGAGAACAGACGAUCUCCCAUUGAACGUGAAAACACGACGGAUGAAUCGACCUCAAAUGAAUUGCCCAGUUCUGUUCCAUCCGACUACAACAAACUAGCUCCAACGCAGAAUUUUUUCAAUCGUGAAAUGUGCCCAAGCAACUGCACAUGCUCCGCAUUUCGUCCAUUUAAUGCUCCCCCUUUUCAAGAUCUUAAGCGAAGGCUAUUUUCGGAUACAAUUCACGAUGACACAGUCCAUUCCCAAGAUAUCACAUACCCUGGUGAACGGUCUUAUGCUGAGAAAAAACGACGACUUUACGACUACGAAGUCUUCAACCGAGUUCCAAUUGCAGCACCUUCGGCGGCACUUCGGAGUUUUCCGGCUAGACAUCGGCUAUCAAAUACUGAACUACUGUUGCGCAUUUUUCCCAAAAUGAAAGUGAAUGUUUUACAAUUAAUCCUGCAAGCUUGCCGUGGAGAUGUGAUUCAAGCCAUAGAACAAAUAUUAAAUAAAUAUAAGCCUGAUACAAUAAAUCAUUUCGCUUCAGCACAUCUUACUGCUUUACAAGGACAUGAACUUUCUAAGGAUUUCCACUUGCGACCAGAGACGUUUAAUUUUCCGCGAAAUGACAGUUUCUUCCCAGGAUUCCCCAGCCCUGCGUUCUCCCCAAUAAGCGUUUAUCCUAAAUACCAACUACCGGUUGCACCGUAUCCACUGCGAGCAAAAUAUCAUGAAGAUACCGCUGGUCCACGUAUACAGCCAUACCCUAUGGAAUCGCGUGAUUACGUCACUCGUGGUUCAGCUCCGCCACUUAGCGCAAAAAGCGACGAAGAAAACGACAAAAACGAGGCGAAAGAUGACAGCAAUUAAUGUGAAUCAAAGUGAUUUUUUGUAAAUAUUAAUAUCUAAACUGUAAAUAAAAUGUAUCAAAAUACAAUAAAAUUAACAUCUUCAACACCACUUUAUUUAUGUUGAAUUAAUGUAUUACACAAAAUCGCUUUCGAU